AUGGGUGCCUGUUGUAGUUGCUUAUCGUCCCGUCGUGGUGAUGGCAAAUACCCUCCAUUGCUUUUAGCUGAAAAUGAAAGAGAAGCAAUCUCUGCCUUGUUGCAAUACUUGGAAAACCGUUCAGACGUUGACUUUUUUAGCAAUGGUCCCUUAAGAGCCUUGAGUACUUUGGUUUACUCAGAAAACAUUGAUUUACAAAGAAGUGCUGCUUUGGCAUUUGCUGAGAUUACCGAAAAGGAUGUAAGAGAAGUCAACAGGGAUGUCUUGGAGCCAAUCUUGAUUUUGCUCCAAAGUGCUGACAGUGAAGUACAGAGAGCUGCCUGUGGAGCCUUGGGCAAUUUGGCGGUAAAUAAUGAAAAUAAGAUCUUGAUUGUCGAGAUGGGCGGGUUGGAACCUUUAAUCCGUCAAAUGAUGUCCAUCAACAUUGAAGUGCAAUGUAACGCCGUUGGCUGUAUAACUAACUUAGCCACUCAAGACGACAACAAGAGUAAGAUUGCCAAACUGGGUGCAUUAAUACCAUUGACUAAGUUGGCCAAAUCAAAAGACAUCAGAGUUCAAAGGAAUGCCACCGGUGCCCUCUUGAACAUGACUCAUCUGGGAGAAAACAGACAAGAAUUGGUUAAUGCUGGUGCUGUUCCUGUUUUGGUUUCAUUAUUGUCCAAUGAAGACGCUGACGUUCAAUAUUAUUGUACUACUGCAUUAUCAAAUAUCGCAGUUGAUGAAGGAAAUAGAAAAAAGUUGGCCACUACUGAACCUAACUUGGUCAGUCAGUUGGUUAAGUUGAUGGACUCUCCAUCUCCAAGAGUCCAGUGCCAGGCAACUUUGGCUUUAAGAAAUUUGGCCUCAGACUCUGGGUAUCAAGUGGAGAUCGUAAGAUCCGGUGGAUUACCACACUUAGUGCAAUUGUUAACCUGCAACCACCAACCAUUGGUAUUAGCUGCAGUUGCAUGUAUCAGAAACAUUUCGAUUCACCCACAAAAUGAAGCGCUCAUAAUUGAUGCAGGUUUCUUGAAGCCCUUAGUUGGAUUAUUGGACUAUAAUGACCUGGAAGAAAUUCAAUGUCACGCUGUCUCAACCUUGAGAAACUUGGCUGCCUCUUCUGAGAGAAACAGAGAGGCAUUAUUGGCCGCAGGAGCUGUCGACAAGUGUAAAGAUUUGGUGUUACAUGUGCCAUUAACCGUUCAACUGGAAAUUUCUGCGUGCUUCGCUAUAUUAGCGUUAGCUGAUGACUUAAAGCCAAAACUUUACGAAAGUCACAUAAUAGAUGUAUUGAUUCCAUUAACAUUCAGCGAAAAUGGUGAAGUAUGUGGAAACUCAGCAGCUGCGUUAGCAAACUUGUGCUCCAGAGUAUCAAAUGUUCAUAAACAGUAUAUUCUUGACAAUUGGUCUCUGCCAAACGAUGGUAUACACGGAUUUUUGCUCAGAUUCUUACAAAGUGGAAGUGCUACAUUUGAACACAUUGCCUUAUGGACUAUUUUACAAUUGUUGGAGUCAAACAACGUAGAGAUUAAUUCUUUGAUCAAAGAAAAUGAAUCAAUCUUAUCAGGAAUUAAAAAUUUAAGUCUGUCCCAACAACAACAGCAAAUUAAUAACGUUGACCAAGGAGCUGAUCAAUUUGAUGAUCCAAAGGUUGAAUUAUUUAACUUGACGCAGCAGAUUUUACAAAUUUUGGGAUAG